UGAAUGUCUAAAAAUAAUAAUCAACAAAAACAAUUUGAUGAUACUAGUCAAAAAAAUAAUGAUGAUAAUGUUGAUCAACAAACAUUGAAUGAUUUUUCGAAACAAAAAUCAUCGAAAAUUAUUUUCAGUAAAAGUGGUAAAAGUAGAUCUGAAGACGACCAAUCAAUAUCAUCACCAACAUCAACGACAAUGAUGACGGCUACAACCGAUUUAACAAUGAAAAAUGAUAUGAAUUGUAAAUCGGAUGAUCAAUUAUCAUCAUCCGGUUCCUCAUCAUCUUCAUCGUCUUCAUCAUCAUCAGCAAUUAUAGCCGAUGUUUGUAGUACAUCAUCAUCAUCACCAUCAACAUCAUCCGGUUGUUUAUUAGUGGAGAAUUGUCAAAUCGAAACAAAUAGCUAUCAUGAUUGUCAAUCACCAACAAUGAUGAUGAUGAACCAUCAUAAUAAUUAUAACAAUAAUAAUAAUAAUUGUCAACGAACAAUGAAUACGAAUGAACUCAAUAAUAAUAAUAACAAUAAUAAUAAUGAACCGAUUCAAAUGAAAAAUUCAUCAAAUGAAUGGAUCAAAUUAAAUGUUGGUGGUACUUAUUUUCAAACAACCCGUACUACAUUAUGUAGUGAUCGUAAUUCAUUUUUUUAUCGUCUUUGUCAACCGAAUAGUACGAAUAGUUUAGCAUCGGAAAAGGAUGAAAAUGGAGCUUACUUAAUCGAUCGUGAUCCAUCAUAUUUUGCACCGAUAUUAAAUUUUCUACGUCAUGGUAAACUUAUCCUGAAUAAAGACCUCAAUGAAGAAGGUGUAUUAGAAGAAGCUGAAUUUUAUAAUAUAACAUCAUUGAUAAAAUUAUUACAACAACGUAAUCUUGAUCGUAUGAUGAAUCGUAAUCCUAGUCCUGAUUCAUCAAAAAAUCAAAAUGUUUAUCGUUUAUUACAUUGUCGUGAAAGUGAAUUAUCAUUGGCUAUCUCUACAUUAUCGGAUGGUUGGAAAUUUGAACAAUUAUUACCAAAUUUUCCAAAUUGGACAACCGAUUAUUUUGUUGUCGUAUCACGUGAAUAUCCAAUCAAAAGAUAGAUUCGAUUCGAAUCUGUUUUGUUUUUUUGUUAGUCAAACAAAAUUGGAUCAUAUUGUCGUUAUGAUGUUAUGUAACUAACCUAAUCUAUUUAUGAUUAUUAAUCAAUGAUGAAAUUUAUCUCUUUCUCUAUAUAUACGAUAU